UCCGCCCAAUGCAAUCAUUUUUGAGUCGAGGUCCGGAAGCGAGAGUGCGGCGUGAGUGGUGGUUUGGUUAGGAAAUAAAACUCGUCCACAGCUCGUGGAUCCUGGGGACAUCAUUUUACGUAAACAGAGCCCCGUUUUCCACACAGCUUUGCCCUCUGAUCAGAUGUCCGAGGUCUACAGCUCGUGUCCGUCCUCCGAGCGCAUGUAGUGUCUGUCAGUGUAGCCUAUCUCUCAGCUAUCCUUCAUGUGAACCAGAGUGAAAACGUCAACACCGAGAACUGUUGUUGAUGUAAAAAGUCUCCUCCACAAUCAUGGGGAACGGAAUGAACAAGGUAGUUGAUGGUCUCUAUUUAGGAAAUAUAAGAGACUCAGAGAACAGAGAAAGUCUGUCCCAGAAUGGGAUUACCCACAUCCUCUCUGUGUACAACAAUGCCAAGCCUGUGUUGGAGGACAUGACCUACCUUUGCAUCCAUGCAGCCGAUGCCUCUAAUCAGAACUUGUUACAACAUUUUAAAGAGUGUAUCCGUUUUAUCCACGAGUGCCGACUGAACGGAGGAGCCUGUCUGGUUCACUGCCUAGCCGGAGUGUCACGCAGUACUACGGUGGUAGUGGCUUAUCUGAUGACUGUCACCAAUUAUGGCUGGGAGGAGUGUCUGACCGCAGUUAAGGCUGUGCGAUCCUUUGUAGGCCCUAACUACGGGUUCCAGCAGCAGCUGCAGCAGUUCCAGAUGACCCAGAUCUCAGAGUAUCGCGCUUGGCUGCGGAUGAAUUACCGGCACAGCCCAUUCAGAGACCAGGAGCAUGUGGCGGCUUUGUUGGUCCAGUAUGCAGAGCAGCAGGCACAGGAGCGACGGAGACGAGGAGAGCAUGACCGGAUGAGUCAGUCCACCAGCGUCUAUGCUAUGCCAUAUGACCGUUAUAGCAGCUCAGGCUGCAAUAGAUGAGUGUCCCAUUUACCCCCAACUCACCUUUACUAAGAGAACUAUGGGCUCAUAAUGGUUGCUGCUCACCUGUAUUUUGAACUACAUUAAGCUUAGCUGGGCACAGCAAUGGCACUUGCACUGGCCCUUGUUUGAGACCUUUGAAUAGAUAUGCUUUAAUUAUCAUAUAAUUUAACCCCUGAAUGUAACAUCAGUUCGUUUUAAAGCUGUUUAGAAGAUCCAAAGGUCAAACUGACUUUGUUAGAAAAGCCAGUAUGCUAAACAUUGGGUGAUUAGUGGCGGAAUUUAAACCAAAUGUUUUUGUUUGUUUGUUUUGUUUUUUGUUAGUUGCCCACUGCUUUUUUGUUUUCUGUUAAGUCUUGUUAAUGCAUACAUAUUUUAAAGUAGUCAGAUCUCUGGUUAAAAAGUAAUCAUUGUAGAUCUGCAAAAGCCAUACCAAGUUGUCUAUUUUUUUAAGCAUUCGUUUUACAUUCUUAUCUAAAGAUGCUGAUUCAUUACUUUGUUCUUUGUCAAACAGUUAUCAGAUUUAUGCCCAUUAUUUAAUUUGCACAUGCUCAACUGAGUACACUGUCAGAGUACACUGUAAAUGGUUCAGAACUUUAUAUACAGAAAUUUGUAAUUUUGUUCUUUGCAAAUCUUAUGUUAUUAAACAAUAUUUAUGAACCAUA